GCGUGCAAGAUAACCGUAAAUAUUCCACCCCUCCCCCAGACCCCAACCAUCCCGCUGGCGUGCGCUCUCUACGACCCCCACGAUGUCUCGGCAGUCGGGUCGCACGCCGCUGCCGGGGCGUGGUGGGGGCAUCAUACACACACCCACGCCCACACCGCCCACCCGCACCUGCAGCCGCAUCCGCAUCCCGCCAUGCAGCAGCAUCAUCUCCAACAGCAGCAGCAGCAACAGCAGCAACAGCAGGAGCAGCAGCAGCAGCAACAGCAACAACAGCAGCAGCAGCAGCAACAUCUGCAGCAGGAGCAGCAACAACAUCUCCAGCAGCUGCAUCACCAUGCGCACCACCACCUGCCUCAGCCAUUGCAUACCACCAGCCAUCACCACAGCGCGCAUCCCAACCUUCAGCAGCAGCAACAGCAACUGGCAACAUCGCCCUCCGCGGUGCUGCAGCAGCAGCAGCAGCAGCAACAACAGCAGACGACGCCCACCACACAUUCCACGCCCACCCAUGCGGUCAUGUACGAGGAUCCACAUCCACCAGUGCCCGUGCCCAUUGUCUCCGUGCAGCAGCAACACCUCCCCGCUCCCCAGCAACAGCAGCAGCAGCAGCAACACCCACAACAGCAGCAGCAACAGCUGGCCACCACACCAACGGUGGCCGGUGCCCUCAGUCCCGCCCAAACACCUACUGGUCCCUCCGCCCAACAACAACAACAGCAGCAGACGCAGCAACAACAUCUCACAUCGCCGCACCACCAGCAACUGCCGCAGCAGCAACAAACCCCAAAUAGUGUGGCUAGUGGCGCCUCCUCGAAUCUCCAGCAGCAGCAGCAGCAACAGAACUCAGCGGUCGCUUCUGGCCAGGCGCAGAUCGUGGCGCCGACCACAGCCAGUGUUUCUCCCUCCAGUGUUAGUUCCCAGAAGGAAGACAUCAAUAUGUCCAUCCAAUUAGCGCCACUGCACAUACCCGCCAUCCGGCCAGGUCCGGGCUUUGAGACGGACGCCUCGGCGGCGGUCAAGCGGCACACGGCCCCCUGGCCAUACAAUGAUGACGGCUUCAACCAGUACCACGCCUCCGCGUCGCAGUACUACAUGGAGCAGCGGGAUCGCAAGCACAUGUUCCCCUACUACCCAGACACCCAGUUUCAGCAGUACUGGCCUAACUACCGCACCGACCAGCCGACCUCAGCGGCGGCGGCGGCCUACAUGAGCGCCACCGAGGACCGACACGUGAGCGCGGCAGCAGCGGCCCGGCAGUCCGUCGAGGGCACCUCGCAGUCCAGUUAUGAGCCGCCCACCUACUCCUCGCCGGGCGGUCUACGGGGCUAUCCCAGUGAGGCCUACUCCAGCUCAGGAGCCUCUGGUGGAUUGUCGGUGGGUGCUGUGGGUCCUUGCACGCCCAACACCGCCCUGCACGAGUGGACCGGCCAGGUGUCAGUCCGGAAAAAGCGAAAGCCUUACUCCAAGUUCCAGACCCUGGAGCUGGAGAAGGAGUUCCUCUUUAAUGCCUAUGUGUCCAAGCAGAAGCGCUGGGAGCUGGCCAGGAAUCUGCAGUUGACCGAGCGACAGGUUAAGAUAUGGUUCCAGAAUCGGCGCAUGAAGAACAAGAAGAACUCACAGCGCCAGGCCAAUCAGCAGAAUAAUAACAACAAUUCGAGCAGCAAUCACAACCAUGCGCAGCCAACACAGCAGCAUCAUAGCAACCAUCAUCUGAACCUUGGCUUGAGCAUGGGUCACCACUCCACGAAGAUGCACCAGUGACCCUUGGACAAUGGCAGUGCGGGAGCAAUGGGCUUUGCCACCUACUAGCAGUUAGCCAAUCCGAGUUCGGUGAAUCCCCAGCAGCCGCAGCCGCAGCCGAACUCGCAGGGGGAUCCUCAUACGCAUCCGCAUUCGAAUCCCCAUCCCCUGACCGAUCCGAACCACCAUCUGAUCAAGAACGAGCUGGCCCUGGACUUUCCCUGUUAGCCAGCGAAUGGAGAUAUAUAUAAUGAGAAAGAGAAAGUAAAAUGUACAAAACCCAGAGAGAUCUCUAGGAUGAGGAGGAGGUUGAAGGAUCAUGAUCUGUGGCAGCCCAGUACCGCGCUGGCAUCGCUGACAAAUGAUUGGAAUGCAGUUAAUUAUUAAGUCAGUUGUAGAGAUCCCUAGAGAUCCCAGACCCAGCAGCUUAGUUCGGUAGUUGAAUAUAUAGAUACGAGUAAGAUGGCAGCAGAAGCAGCAAAUAUGGAAUAUGAAAAUAUAUAUGUAUAUGUACUAUAUGUACUUCUCUUGACGCUCUCAUUAAACUUAGCGAGCACCAUGAAUUUUCUGAAUUAUAAAUUAUGAAUAUGAAUAUACUUAAACGUCAACGUGAAUAUAAUCCCGCAUAAAUUAUGAAUACACGCGUUCGAGUAGUAGAUUUUACCAUAACUAUCCAUUUAAGAGCGGCUAAAUUAGGAUGAGCACAUUGUAGACCCAGCAAAAAACAAAAUAAUGUUCUUAAAAACAAAACAAAACGAAUUGUUUAACAAUUUUCGAGAUCCUCCCAACACACGCACACACACACACACACACUCCGCAAGGCCUAGGAUAAAUUUUGUCGUGUUCGAUGUUCGUCGUGUCGUGUCCUUUGAUACCCUUUAAGUUCCUGUAUAUAAACUAAGACAGUGCGCCGGUACCUCCCGGCCAAAGCAACCACUCGAUAAAUUAAUCUAAAUGCAGAUAUAUAAAUUGAAGAUAUUCGAUAUGUGUAUGAUAUAUGAAGUCGAAUUCGAUUUUAGCAAAUGGUAUAAUAGUAAGUCGCAAAUUUUCAAUGUGUGUGUGCAUGUUUACUCCAUAGUUGAAAGUCGCUUUCGAAUUAAAUUAACUCUAAACUACUCGUACUAAAUCCAGCAUACACAAAACUAAAGAAAAUCUAAAGCAAGAUGAAUAUACAUUUUACUAAAGUAAGCGAGUGUGAACAAAAACAGAAAAAACAAGAAAAAGGAAUCGAUGGACGGGGUGGACAUGUCGAGGAGAAAGUAAUUAGCAUACCGUAACAGCUACUUAUAUAACUUACACAUAGUACUAUAUACCAUAUAGUAAUCGUACAUAUGCAUAUACAUAUAUUUUCAUGUGUAUCGAUGCCGCUUGAUCCUGAUAUUAAGUCUAAGUUUAGUUGUGUUGUGUAAUUAUCGAUUUUGUUAAUGUUUUGCCCCGAGCAUUAUAUUAUUAUGCUAAAACCUAAACCUAAUCCUAAAGCCUAUACACCUACACCUACACACCUAUGCCUCUCAUUCUAUAUGUGUAUAAUUAGAUAUAUGCAUAAUUGAUGAAGAAAUGAUUUCACCCACUGCUUUAUUCAUGUUCUUGUAUUAUUAUUAUUUCGAGCCCUCGAUAAGUUGUAGUCUAAAGUCGGUUAUGUUUAUGAUUAUGUUC